AAAGAUUAACAGGUCAUGUCAGUCUACUGUACAUAAUACGCGUGUAAGGCAACUAUAGGGGGAGGAGGAGAAGGGUUAUAUCCUAAGCUACUGGAGAAACGCUCAUACUUCGACUUCUCUUCAGUUGUCUGUAUUGACAAGUCUGUGGGAAAUAUGGAUCUUGAGAGCAGAAGAAAGAUUAAGAAAAGAUGUGCGCUGAAGAAGGACAUAAUAAAAGAGUUCCUUGCAGAAUUUCUGGGGAUAUUUGUGUUAAUACUCUUUGGCUGUGGCUCGGUGGCUCAGACGGUGCUGAGUAAGGGGGCUCUGGGUGAACCCCUGACCAUUCACAUUGGCUUCACUCUGGGGGUGAUGAUGGCAGCAUACGUUGCUGGGGGCGUGUCAGGGGCUCACGUGAACCCAGCUGUUUCUCUGGCUAUGGUGGUUCUGGGCAAACUGCCUAUAAAGAAGUUCCCAGUCUACGUAGCUGCACAGUUCCUGGGUGCCUUUGUAGGGUCGUGUGCUGUCUACGGCUUGUAUUAUGAUGCCUUAAUGGAACACACAGGAGGAGUUCUGCAAGUUACUGGCGUCAAUGCUACAGCUAACAUAUGGGCAUCCUAUCCAGCCAAGCACCUAUCAAUCCUUGGAGGAUUUGUAGACCAGGUGAUUGGAACAGCGGCCCUGAUCCUCUGCAUCCUAGCGAUUAUUGACGGGAAGAACAUUGGCGCUCCAAAAGGGAUGGAGCCUCUGUGCAUUGGGCUGAUCAUCAUGGCCAUUGGAGUGUCCAUGGGACACAACUGUGGCUAUCCCAUCAACCCUGCCAGAGACCUGGGCCCCAGGCUCUUCACUGCUGUGGCUGGAUGGGGUAUGGAAGUGUUCAGUGCUGGAGGAUGCUGGUGGUGGGUCCCGGUGGCAGGGCCUAUGGUGGGAGGAGUGCUGGGGGCUGUCAUGUACUUCCUGUUCAUCGAGCUGCAUCACGCUGAACCUGAGAAACAGGGGGAAAACAACAUCAAGGACAAAUACGAGAUGGUCACCAUGAGUUAGACGGAGAAGCUAAGAGUUCCACAGAGGCAUGGCAGCUUCCUCACCUGAACAUCCGUCGCGUUAAAGCAUUGCUGAAUACAGUCUUUCUCCAGGAGGAGUCUUUUCUUCUGUCUAAAGGACCAGAAAUCAGGUCUUAAUCUCUGCACUCUUAUGGCCCCCAUGUAAAAACACACGAAAAAAGAAUAACUGAGAAACAGUAUGUGAUGUUAUAUUCACAAUCACAAGCUCUAAAUUUUUACUAACCCAUGACAUAAUCAGCACAAGGUGUUCAGACUAUUCAUUCAACUCAAGUAUAGUCCCAGAGUACAGGGAUUAAGAAUCUAUACUGUAUUUCUAAAUAUAAGGCUAUAUUUCAUUGCAGGAAGAGUAUAGCGAGUUUAAAGCCCCAUGUUUCUGUGAUGUAAGAGAGGAAGCGCGGAUAUUUUUAGUAAUUGAACUAGUUUAAUGGAAUCCUCUCUGAAGUGUGUUCCCUAUUCUGGUUCACUUCAUUCAUCCAUUUGUUACAGUUGUGUGAAUCGCUUUGCCUGCUGCACCACUAAACCUCACCAAUGCAUGUGUGCUAUAGCUAACACAAACAUUUAUGAAUAUACUUUAAAGUGCUCAUAGUCUUGUUUUCUUAGCUUUUAUUUUAAAGAAUAAAAAAAAAACAGCCUUAAUAUAAAUGAAAUUAGUUUGUAUUUUCUAUUUGUUAGCACAGAACUUUUGUACCGUAGCACGGCAUUACUUCUGAAUGAUGUUCAUCUGAAUUACUGUUAUUUCGUCUAAUAUAAUGUUCCAGCUGCUGAGAAAUGUCAUGUGUGUGUGGUUUUAUAGCAGCAUGAGAACAAAAACUUUGUCUUUGUCACUAUAAUGUAUAAUGAGUACACUGACAUGAACAUUUGGGAAUGGGAAGAAGUAUUGUAUCAAAUGUGUCAUUGUAUGAUAGAACACAUUUGAAAGCACAGUUUCAAGAUGAAUAAAUAACGAAAAUGUAUACAACAUGUUAAUCAAUGAAACUAAUAUGUCAUUACUCCAAUUAUUUGGGUAGGUUUUAACCAGUAAUGAACUCCUACACUGUGCCCUAUUAUAAACUGACAAUAACAGAAUAACAUCAUUACGUCCAGGAAGAGAGCCCUGAAUUGAACCAUGUCCUCCAUCUGUAGGGAUUUUAUUUAGCAAUGGGUGGGUACAAGUGCCCAAUUCCCGAAACAAUCCCAACUAAAGAAAACACAUACAAUUA